UCCGCCACGGCUAUGGGGACGCCGAGCAGCCCCGAGGAGGUGACCCCGUCGCCACCAGUCCCAGAAUGCGAUGCAGAAGUCCAGCCCCAAGGGGCUGCCCAACCCCAGGGGCGUCCCGAGGACCCCCAAGGACAGGCGGCUCCCCAGGCCUCGGCGGAGCUUACGAGCGGCCGAGGAGCUGAGCCGCAGGCGGAGGAAGAGGAAGAAGUGGAGGAAGGCAGCAGCACCGAGAGCUGCCGCGACGAGCCGGAGGCCACGCCUCCAGUACAGAUCCUGGCCACGCCCCCCACGUGUACCCCUUCUGGAGAAGGGGUGAGAGGGGUGGCGCGGCGGCUGCGAGGACAGCAGCUGGAGGCACUGACCCGUGUGGCCCUGAUGGAGCAGCGAGUGAAGGAGCUCCAGCGACAGAGGAAGGAGUUGAGGAUCGAGAUGGAGGUGGAGGUGGCCCUGCUUCGGGGUGAGCUGGCCGGGGAGCGAGUGGCCGCCCGGCGGGAGGAGGAGCAGCUCCAAGAGCUACUGGGCCAGCAGGUGGCCGCGGAGCAGGGCAGCCGGGAGCUUCGGGAACAGGAGCAGAGGCGGCUGAACCAGGAGCGGGAGCAUGUGGAGGGCCUUCGCCGAAGACUUCGGGAUGCCGAGUCCCAGCUUGAUUCUCAGCCCGAAGGCCAGCGGGAGCGGCUUCUGCAGGGGGUGCAGGAGAUGAGGGAACAGCUGGAUGUGGCCCAGCGUGCCUAUGAGGACCUGGAGUUCCAGCAACUGGAGAGGGAGAGCUGGCAGGAAGAGGAGGAGCGGGACAGCCCCGGGGCCCGGGCGCCUGACCCCAAGGUCCAGGAACUUCAGGCCAGUGUGGCACAGCACAAGUAAGCGGGCUGGGGUGCUGUGCAGCGCCGGAUCCAGGUCUUGGAAGAACAGCUCAGGUCAUUGGGGGAACAGAUGGCUGCUGAGAGCCGUGGGCUGAGCCGGAAGAAGGAAGAGGCCAUCCAGGCCCUGACACAGGAACGGAGCCGACUGCUGGAGCUCAGCCACCUUCAUGGAACACCUGGUGGGGACUUCUCUGAGCCCAGCCAAGCCCUCACUAAGCUGCUGUUUACUCAGAAGACAGACCGCCAGCUGCUGGUGCUGCAGGACCCCACCGCCCAGGCAGCUGCCUCUUCUACCUCCUCCUGUCUCUUCUCCGUCCACAGCUCCCUGCAGGGAUCCAUUGGUCUCCAGAGGACCGGAAGCCUGUCCCGAAAAAGGGGAGAGAGGACAAGCCAGAGGGGCUCCCCCCGACCUCUGUCCCUCCAUUGUCCAGGACCCCUGGAGACCUCGGCUCUCGUGCCAGCAGUGGGGGCCUCUGGAAGACACCCUCUCUAUCAGCUGCUGAACUGUGGCCCUGGGAAUAGCAGCGCAGCCCUCCACCCAGACAUUGCACACAUGGAGCGGCUGCUACAGCAGGCAGUGGCAGAGAGGGAGCGGCUGCUCAAGGCCAGGGAAGGGACCAGAAGAAGCCCAGACUGCUCCUCAGGCCCUGUUGUUCCUGCCAUCACGGCCCCACCCGCGCCCCCACCGCGCCCCCCAGGACCCCGCGUCCUGGACCUCCGGCAGCACCUGGAACGCUGGGGCCACAACCCCGAAAGCUGCCCGCACUUGCGGGUGUUGGGGGGCUGCUGCCGCGGGCCCCUGGUGAAGAUGGGCGGCCGCAUCAAGACCUGGAGGAAGCGGUGGUUCUGCUUCGACCGCCGCCGCCGCCUGGCCUACUACGCGGACAAGGAAGAGACCAAGCUCAAAGGUGUCAUCUACUUCCAGGCCAUUGAGGAAGUCUACUAUGACCACUUGCGCUGUGCCUUCAAGAGCCCCAGCCCCCGCCUGACGUUCUGCGUCAAAACCUACGAACGCCUUUUCUACAUGGUGGCCCCGAGCCCCGAAGCCAUGCGGAUUUGGAUGGACGUCAUCGUGACUGCCGCAGAUGAGAACCACGCCCCCUGAGUGGCCCCGCCCGCCCGUGGGACGUCCAGACGAGGCCCCGCCCCCCGCGUACACGCACGCACGCGGCGGCGAUUCGGGGCCACGCCCACUGCCGGAACUUGGCCCCGCCCCUUUGGAAGUCUCCCGGGAAUUGUAGCGCUGCAGCUCAGCUGGCCUGAGCCGCUCGGUUCUGGGUUGUUUGCUGGUGGCUUCCCGGCGACAGGAUCGCCAGGCCCUGGGGCCCUGCCUGGGGCAGGAGGGAGAUCGAGGGGGCGGAAGGAACUAUUUAUUGGUGCUCCUGUGAUAGCGAAUUAAACACGGUGGAAAAACAGGGUGCUGCUGUGGUCUGCAUCCCAGGCGCGGGGCCCUCAGGCCCUAGGCAGGACCUCGGGUUAUGGGCACCUGAACCAAGCGCCCCAUGCAAAGAUGGUGACCUUCAAGCCAAAGGGCAUGGCUGCAAG